CAAAAUAUAUAAUAAAAAUAAACAAAAACGAUAUCAGGAUCCACAAGUCGCAUAAAACGAGAUACCAUUCUCAUUCGGUCCUUUGAACUAAAAAUCACCACAAACAUAAACAUCGUCAGCCUUCCGAUGAUGAUGACGCCGGAAACAAACUGGAGCAUUUCAAGCGGCUCUCUCGCCUCCGCCGUGACCUUUGAGUCUUUCGAUUCCCCUCCCAUCGACUCCUCACUUCCUAAACCGCCCCUCCUUCUCAUUCCACCUCAUGAUUUCUCACCUUGCCAGAUCACACUAAAUUUCACUCAAAAGCACGAGAUUCGUCAGGUGUAUGUCAGAAGUACAGCACGUGUAUAUGAAAUAUAUUAUGCACCUGGUUUACAGAGUGAUAACGAGUAUUUGUGUACUGUGCGUUGUAACGCUGCUGUUUCCGUAGAGGAGAAUUCUUCUCCUGAAAGUGAUGAUUGGGUGGAGGUUAAAAACCUUCCUGUUAGUCUAGUUGAUGAAGGAAUUUCCGAUUUGCCUAACCAUACUUCGGAAAACAUCCGGAACCACAAGGAUUACUACGAAGCUACAGCAGAAAUCAAUGAUUCAGAGCCUUGUAUGUCGCUCACCAUUCGUUUGCUAUCACUUCAAACUAAAGGCUGUGUGUAUGUUGAUGAAGUAUAUGUGUUUGCUGACCCUAUUGACACCAGUGACUGCGAGGAGCAGACAGUCAAUGCAGAAGCCUCAUCUAGUUCGCUAAUGACCAUGCUAGUUCCCUCACUUUUAGGUCUAACCAAAUCAAGAUCUGCCCAGUUGCACAAUCGAAAUAGUUCGGAUCAUGUGAGUCAAACUGAGUAUAAACCUGCCACUUCAGUUAAUCUUGCUGAUCAGCAAGAUGCAAUGCUGCUUAAACAGAAUUGGUCCAAAACUGAGUUGGCUAGAUCUCAAUUACCAGUCUCGACUCCAGAUAAAGAUAAAGUUUGUGAUUCAAAAAUGGAAAAUGACUUUUCAUCUAAUUGCACUGUAACUUUACUGGAACAACUUGUCUCACGUGUGAGUAGAAUUGAAGAUAUUUGCUUGAGGUUUGAAGAAAAAAUGUUGAAACCAAUAAAUAACAUGGAGUCAAGACUAGAGCAGGUUGAGCAGCAGGUUGAAUUUCUUGUCAAAAAGUCCCAAUGUGCAGUGUCACGCUCUUGCCCAACAUUUGAAUUGAACUACGGAAAUCAUCCCGAACUUUGUGGUGAAUCUGAAUCAGAAAAGACGGAAUCUUUUUUAAACAGGUCCCACAAAUCACAUGAGGAUGCAACUGAUCUGGAGUCUACAUUCUAUUCUGAAAAAGAGGAAGAAAAUGAUAUUUUAAAAUCACCAGAGAAGGAACAACCGAAGAAAAGUGUUUCAAUUAAUGAUGCUUUGGCUGCAGCAUUAGCUGGAUUUUCGUCUUUUACCAAACCCGAUGAUAGUCUGACGGUUGUACCCCUUGAAUCCCUAGAAGAACCUUGUUUGAAAAAUAACCAGGUCCUUGUUGAUACACCUGUAGUAUCAAAUGCUGAUAGCGAGGCUUCAAUUUCUAGUGAAUCAUUGAAAGAAACGGAACAUGACUUUACGGAAGAGGAACAUGAUGAUACUACGCCUACUUGUGAUAUCAACAGAGAGAUUCCAGAUUAUCUUUUUCGUUUAGAAGGAAUGCCUGAAGUAGGCGAUGAAGAAGCUUUGGGUCCUAUCACCAGUCCUAGUCAUGAGGAUUGCGAAACUGAUACUCAGCUUGUUAAGCAAGAUUCUAUUAAAGCAUCCCAGGUAUUGCCUUCCGACAAAAUCGACAUUCUUAAAUAUUUCAGGGAUCAGUCUCCAGGAAGUUUUGAUUCUACAGUCGAUUUUGAAUCUCCUAUUCUUGAGGUGAAGUUUGAUUCUUUGGAGAAUGGUAGUCAUGGGUUCCAUCUUGAAGCCCUUUUCUCCAAUACAGACGAUCCCGCUACUGUUGAUGACUUGUUAAUUACCCCACAAUGGGAUGAAGAAUGUUCAACCGCAAAGAAUCUAUUGGUAGAUUUUGAUGGUGAUGUAGUCCUGGAAGGGGUGCAACAGGAUCAUCUACGUGUCCUUGAGGAAACAUCUUUUGCAAGUCUCAUUUGAUGCUCUUUCUUGGUAAGGGUUGUUUCUCAUUGUACAUAAACAUCAUAUAUCUACAUUACUCGAACUACAAGACCAUGCUAUCCGUGUUACAGUUGCUUGAAAGUCAUACAUUGUUUUACCAAUUAGGUUCAUGAAGUUGGGUUCUAGGAAACAUGUGUUUAAAAUCUAAAAAAAAAAGGAUCUUACCUGUCGUAUAAA